AUGCGCAACGUUCUCCUCGCUGUUUCCGCCAUCAGCGGUUUGGCUGCCGCCCUUCCCCAGAGGCCUAACUUUGAGGCUGCUAAGGCUCUUCCUCUGCCCAGUGUCGACCUCCUUAAGCCAAAGGUUGAUGAGAAGCCAAACGCCCCAAUCAAGUACAACCAGCCCGCUGCCGUCCAAGAGGUCAAGCAAGAUGUCAGCAACAACGGUGUGCAGACCAGGAAGCGAUCGACCUCUUGCAGCAACGGUACUCCGGAGCCAGGAAGUGGUGCACCUGUUCCCCCCGGUGGCUCUGUUGAAGCCUACCAGGACCAGGACCCCACAAGCUUGCUCAAGAGCAAGGCUCUGGCAGUAACUGCUCCCAGCGGCUACGUCGAGGCUUUCAAGGGCCUUAACAAAGCCACCCAACAGAUUGGUUACUUGACCUACAAGAACAUUGAUGGUCCCGACUACAAUGUCCAGGCAUGCGCCGACUUCUGUGAUAGCGAGAAGUUCUGCCUUGGCUUCAAUAUUUACUACGAGCGUGAUCCCACAGUCACCCCGACCUCCUCCUGCCCGGAUCCUGAACCCCAGACCAACCUCAAGUGCGCUCUCUUUGGAUACCCUGUCUCUACAAACACGGCUAUCAACGAUGGCCAGUACCGCGAGCAAUUUCACGUCGUCGUUGCUGGCAGCAACGGAUACUCUAAGCGCCAAGAUGAUACCGUCUGCAAGAGUGCCCCUGUUGUGUCCCGCUUCAAUGCACCAACCCAACUUCCCGCUGCCAUCGAUGCUCCUACCAGCUCCAACACCUACAAUGGCAUGCGCCUGUUCAACGAGAACCCCUACGACCCCAGCCUUUGCGCUGCUGCUUGCGAGGCCCAGACCGCUUUCGAUAAGGAGCACCUCGUCGAUGCUGACGGCCAUUACAGGCCAUGCAACUUCUUCACUUCUUACAUCUUGACUCAGAACGAUGUUCCUCUCGGAACUUACUGCGCCCUCUACACUCAGACCUGGGACACUGAAUAUGCCACCAACACUGGCUACCACUGGGAAAACGAUGAGUACCGCACCAUUUGCGCUGCUUCAUACACCCUUACUGUCCAAGACAGCGGCGUCAGCUCUCCUCCUGCCUAA